UUUUAUUGUGAUAUUUCUUUCUGCUGUAUAUAUAUAUAUAUAUAUUUUAUUUAAUGCUGAUUAAAUAAAAUGCCCUUCCUGUCGCACCUCUCAGAGGCUGCUUCGCUUUCGGAAACCGCUUUUUUUUUGUGGGCGGCCGCAGCAGGGCAGGGAGCGGAGGGCAGCAGGUGAGGCUCAGACACCCAGCGCCGCUUCGCCCAUCUUAAACUCCAGGAAAAAAAAUAAUAAUAAUAAUAAUAAUUUCAUUUUUCUGCCCCCCCCCCCCCGGACCUGGCUCUGCUGCCCCCUGGGGCCCGCGGGUGAUGGCGGUGACAACGGUUUACACCGACCUGGAGGUGCCACCGGGUCCCGGUGGCAUCCCGCAGCUCCCGAAGCCUCCCGGUCGCCGGUGGUACUGGGCGAUACUGGGAACCGGAUGGGUCGGGGCCGCCGUCCUGGCGGGCAUCGUGCUGUGGCUGCUGCAGCGACACGGUGGAAACGGCCUCAAUCCCUCUGGCUCAUGCUCCUGGGAAUCCUGCCGGGGCAAAGGCACCCCCAGCUCCAACCUCUCCCUGCAAUUCUUCCAGGGGCUCAGAGAGCGGCUGUGCGAGGCCGAGAGCCACCAGGCACCAGGUGCCGAGGGCUGCUGGCUCUGCCCCGCGGGCUGGCAGCCCUUCGCCACCAAAUGCUACUGGGUUUCCACAAAAACCCUGCCCUGGGAAGAGGCAGGAGGUGACUGCAAGGCCAGGAGGGCAGAGCUGGUGAUGCUGGGGAGCGUGGAGGAGAAGGUAAAGGGCCAAAAGAGAAA